ACUUUGUUUUCUGAAGCUGUCACUGAGAUCGUCUGACCAUGUCAGCAGUGAAAGUGGAACUGGAAAAUAUUUCUCGGGAAGGCAUCAAGUAUGAGCAAAUUUCAAAGUCAGAUUUGAGUUUAUUAACCAGUUUCAAUGGACUAGAUGUGGAUUGCUGCAAACUGGAACGUCAACUCUCAAAUUCAGUCCCUACGGGUAUGAAUAUGAGCAAGAGUGAAACUGUGAAAGAGCCACCAUUGAAACCCUCCAGGAGAUCCCUGCCAUGCUUAGCACAGAGCCACACCCAUCCGCAGAACCUGAGUAAACAUUCCUCAUUUCUCCAACCCAAUCGGAUUCAGCCCCAGCCACUGAGUGCCGGGUCUUCCGCCAUCAACAUCACAUCCGAGCGAGCAAAAGUGGUGGAAACCCUAGAAAGCAACUUACUUAAACUCUCUGCUACAGAAUUCAACGAUACUUGCUCGGAGAUAGGUAAAGACAAAGACAUCUAUACAGAUGAUUCUGAGCAUGGUAAUUAUGACUCACGUACUGAUCAGUCACUCCUCAUUAAAAACAAGCUCAUCAGACAGAAAACAGAACCUCGAACUAAAUCAUCUUUGAAGAAUGAGAUGAAUGCCUUAGCUUCAUCGGGACUGUUUUUCAAAGAUGGCAAAAAGCGCAUUGAUUACAUCUUGGUAUAUAAAAAGUCAAGUCUGCAGAUAGAAAAAAGGAGCACAUUUGAAAAGAAUCUUAGAGCAGAAGGCCUGAUGCUAGAAAGAGAGCCUGCCGUUACCAAUAAUGACAUCAUGUUUGUUAAAGUUCACUGCCCUUGGGAUACGUUGUGCAAGUAUGCAGAAAGGAUGAAUAUCAGGAUGCCCUUCAGGAAAAAAUGUUAUUACACUGACUGGAGGAGCAAAACGAUGGGCAGUUUGCAGAGAAACAUGCGAGAACUGAAAAGCUGGCUACCCAGAAACCCAAUGAAGCUUGACAAAGAAGCCCUGCCUGACCUGGAGGAGACAGACUGUUACACCGCUCCCUUCAGCCGGGCUCGCAUGCAUCACUUUACUAUAAACAAUAAAGACACCUUCUUCAGCAAUUCUACCAGAAGUAGAAUAGUACAUCAUAUGCUGCAACGGACAAAAUAUGAAGAUGGAAAAUCAAAAAUGGGUAUUAAUAGAUUACUAAGCAAUGGUACAUAUGAAGCUGCAUUUCCACCUCACGAGGGAAGCCACAAGAGCAGACACCCCAUCAAAACACAUGGAGCUCAAAACCACAGACACCUAUUAUAUGAGCGCUGGGCUCGCUGGGGAAUGUGGUAUAAGUAUCAGCCCCUGGAUUUAAUCAGGCGCUACUUUGGUGAGAAGAUUGGCCUUUAUUUUGCUUGGUUGGGCUGGUACACUGGAAUGCUGAUCCCGGCAGCCCUCGUUGGUCUGUUUGUUUUCCUUUAUGGAUUAUUUACAAUGGACUCCAGUCAAGUCAGCAAAGAGAUCUGCGAGGCAAAUCGAACAAUUAUGUGUCCCAUAUGUGAACGCAACUGCACGCUGCAAAAACUCAACGAGAGCUGUAUAUAUGCAAAGGUUACUCAUUUGUUUGAUAAUGGAGGAACUGUCUUCUUUGCAAUUUUCAUGGCAAUAUGGGCAACAGUCUUCCUGGAAUUCUGGAAGAGGCGGAGAGCUGUACUAACUUAUGACUGGGAUCUCAUUGACUGGGAAGAUGAAGAGGAAGAACUGCGACCCCAAUUCGAAGCGAAGUAUUCAAAGGUGGAAAGAGUAAAUCCCAUUACCGGAAAACCUGAGCCAUUUCAACCCUUCUCUGACAAACUCAGUCGUCUCAUGGUCUCUGUCUCAGGAAUAUUCUUUAUGAUUUCUUUGGUGCUUACUGCAGUUUUUGCAGUUGUGGUGUAUCGUCUGGUGGCUAUGGAGCAAUUUGCAUCUUUCCAGUGGUAUUUCAUAAAAAAAUAUUGGCAGUUUGCAACAUCCGGCACUGGAGUCUGUAUCAAUUUUAUGAUCAUCAUGUCUCUAAAUGUUGUUUAUGAAAAAGUCGCUUAUCUCUUAACUAAUUUAGAACAUCCUCGAACUGAAUCUGAGUGGGAGAACAGCUUUGCUUUGAAGAUGUUCCUGUUCCAGUUCGUCAACUUAAACAGCUCCAUCUUCUACAUUGCCUUUUUCUUGGGCAGAUUUGCUGGGCGUCCAGGAAAGUACAACAAACUUUUUGACCGAUGGAGACUGGAAGAAUGUCAUCCCAGUGGCUGCUUGAUAGACCUCUGCUUGCAAAUGGGUGUUAUUAUGGUUUUAAAGCAAAUGUGGAAUAACUUCAUGGAACUGGGAUACCCAUUGCUACAGAACUGGUGGGCACGACGGAAAAUCAAACGGGGAGGACAACUAAUGGAGCAUAAAAUUUCUCUACCUCAGUGGGAAAAGGAUUGGAAUCUCCAACCCAUGAAUCUCCAUGGACUGAUGGACGAAUAUUUGGAAAUGGUUUUGCAGUUUGGUUUCACAACCAUCUUCGUUGCGGCUUUUCCACUGGCACCCCUCCUGGCCCUGCUGAACAACAUCAUAGAGAUCAGGCUCGACGCUUACAAGUUUGUGACCCAGUGGAGAAGACCAAUGCCUGCUAGGGCAACAGAUAUAGGUAUCUGGUAUGGAAUUCUUGAAGGAAUUGGAGUGCUGGCUGUAAUCACCAACGCAUUUGUAAUUGCUAUUACAUCUGAUUAUAUCCCACGGUUCGUCUAUGCAUAUAAAUAUGGCCCUUGUACAGAUGAAGGAUACAGACAAGAAAAGUGCUUAAAAGGAUAUGUGAACAGCAGCCUGUCAGUGUUUGACCUGAGUGAACUUGGGAUGGGUUAUUCUGGUUACUGCAGGUAUCGAGAUUACAGAGCCCCUCCAUGGAGCUCCACUCCUUAUGAAUUUACUUUGCAAUUCUGGCAUGUGCUUGCCGCUCGGCUGGCUUUCAUUAUCGUGUUUGAGCACCUUGUUUUUGGGAUCAAGUCAUUCAUUGCUUACCUGAUCCCAGAUAUGCCAAAAGAUUUGUGUGACAGAAUGAGGCGUGAGAAGUAUUUAGUUCAGGAAAUGAUGUAUGAGGCUGAACUAGAGCAUUUGCAAAGAGAACGGAAAAAAAAACGGGAAACAGUAUCACCAUGAAUGGCCUUAGUUGAUUCUAAUUACCUGCCAGAGACAGUACUGUACAUGGAAAUGGAUGGUUCUGCAGCUUCAAAUUUGCAGGGGCAAAUGUGUACAAAACUGCUGCUGGGGAAACACACUGGCAGCCUUUCGAGACCUGGCUGAUUCAAUCUUUUGAGGAUGAAAAGGCAAAGCCAUAGUCGUCAUCAACGUGGGGUCAAGUUUAAAUAAUCUGCAGUCCAUGCCAGGCAUUUAAAGUAGGCGUGGGAAAUUGAGCAUCUGAACCACACAGCCUAAACAUCCCUGCAAUGCCAUACAAAUGGUUGUGAAGAGCAGUUUGUUUCCAUGUACAGAUCACAGUAAGGGCAUGACAACUUUCCGUGGUCUCUGCUGCUGUACUACUUAACUUACUAUUGCUCAGUUGAAUUGUAAUGCUUUUGAAAAAUGAAAAAAAGAUGAGUAGUUGCCUUUGCCACCAUAAUUUGAUGUGAAUGAUCCUUCAGGCUUACUGUUUUGUAAGAUUUGUCCUAGUCUCUUGCUGAGAUUGUGGAUCUGCCCUAAUAGGGAAACCGUGCUGUUUAAUAUUCACUAUGCAGUCAAACAGGCAAGUCACCCAUCCUUUUCCAUUUAUCUACUCAUAGAGUCCAAACCAAAAACUUCAGCAAUGGAGCUCCCAACCCUUCUAACGGAUGCAUUAUUGCACUGUCCACUCGUAAACAUUGUGUUGAAGAUGCAGAUCUUGCACACUAUUGCAUACUAUUUUCAUGAGCAGAUAGAAUCACGUAACACAGAUGAAUAAAUUCUUAGUGAUCUUAUCCAUGAAGUAGCCAGCCCUUGUUCGGAUACAAUCAAUAUUAUUUCCUUUAUCACUGAUUUACUGGGAUAAUUUUCUAAUCUGAGAAAUAUAUUGACAUGCAUAUAUUUUAGUUUUCAAUGUACAGUGGCAUUUUUAGAGUUUGCAGCACCAGUUUUUGCAGCUAUGAUAUCAGAUAUACAGUAUGUUGUGACUUGUUUGUUCAGGAAAAGAAAGGCAGAAUGUUUUUUCCCCAUUUUGCUUUUCUUCCAAUGAUGUGCACUCUUUCUUGGGCUGAUGAAUCAAUGCAUGGGUAUAUUAUUGCUAGGAUUAGAUAUUUUUCAACUUUUAUUCUUUCUGGGAAAACUGUUGUUUGAAAGAUCAACUGAAAAAAAGUAAAGAGGAUUUAUGUGAGGCAGACUUUCUAAUUCCCCUAUCACCACAGAAUAGAAACAAAUCAGAACUGAUUGUUAUUAUUUUAGUGUCAAAAUGAGAUAACAGUUUAUAAACCAAUGCAUGUGAAUUAAUGGAGCAUUAAAUUAAAUCAAAUGUGCUGAUUUCACUUGGAUACAUAGAGAACAAAAUUCCAUAACCUUCCCUUUGGAUACUAAAAAAAAAAAAGGGUUAUGUCACAGUUAUAUCAGGGAAAAACGUUUUCUCUUUUAUUUUUAAGCCUGUAGUUAGUUUCUGUAAAAUGCAGCACAGUGGUUUUUAAAAUGAAAAUCCCCAAAGUACACCAGUUAAAGAAACUUACUCUUGGGAAUGAUUUUGGAACAAAUGUUGCUUAGCCAUGGAGUUUUUGUUAGCAGAAAUUACUCCUACAGCACUGACACUGAAAAUAUUUCCCGAUCUGCCGAUAUUUUCCUGGUGAAAAGUGCUCACCAUUUUUAUGACCUUACUGUAUAUUAACAUCUCAUCUUCUUUGUGGCAGUUUCUGAUUGUCAGGGCAAGGAGAGAGGUAGGGGAAGGAAAUCCCUGAAACUCCUCCCUGCAGAUUUGUAGCCUCAACAACAGUGAUGAGGUAAAAAAACACUGGACAAUCAUUUCCAUAGAUUCUUCAAUCCUGUCAAGGGUCACGACCAUUAAAAUGACACAGUAGUCUGUUUUCUGAUCCUUUGUUACUAUUUCUACAGUUUUAACUGUAGCUUACAGAAUCAUCAUUCCCCUGUUCUGCUAAAUCAGUGCCCCCCGAGUUUGGCUGAAUGAUCUUGGCACAAAUGAACUCUUCUUUUAUGACUUCUCUAAUCUCAAAGAGCCUUGGCUGGGACAAGGUUGAAUGUAAUUGUACAAUUAUGGAUGUCUAAUAUUUGUAACCACUUUCUUCGGUCUCUUACGGAGAUAUAAGUAAACAGUGCCCCACUGUGGUGCUUAGAAUAGCACAGAUUAGGCAUUAAGACAAAAAGGUGGACAACCAAGAGAAACUGAGUUUUUGAUAAUGGUCUUCGAUAUUUUGCUUUGAAGAUGAUUUUUUUUUUUUUGUAACUUCUCAAGCCUAAGGGAAAAAUUGGAAGAAACCUGUAGGACAGAGAUGCUAUUGUUAUGCUAAUUUUACACACUGAAGAUAAUGCAAUAACAUGUUUGUAUUUCUCUGUUUGUGUGUAGUGUUGCAACUGCAGCUAAUUGCUUUACUGGAGAGAACUAUUCUGUUCAUUGUCCUAUAAUGUGGUGUUUGCAUAGGGUGCCAAUUAUCAAGAUAUAAGGCACACUGUUCUCAGGAAAUUCUGUUUAAAUGAAUGCCAUUUAAAUAUAUUUUCAUAUUCUAAAUAUUUGUCUUUUCAAACAAAUGACCAAUAUGUAAGCAUGCAGGCUGCAAUGGGAAAUUGUGUAAAGCUUCAGAGUUGGCAAAAUCUAUUUAAAAUUGCCAUAGGUUGUUGCUGAUCUAGUCUAUUAUACUUUUUGGUCUAUGCAUAAUAAUAAUAAUAAUGAUGGUAUUUGUUAAGCGCUUAGUAUGUGCAAAGCACUGUUCUAUGCAUGCAAUUGUAGGUAAAAUAUUGUCAGAAGACUGCAUGACAAGACAGAGCUUUUGAAUGCUGCAUAUUCUUCCAAGAAUAUUUUAGCAAUUCCCCUUGGAACUUAAUGGCACAAUGCAAAGAAAAUAUUUUUUUCAAUAAAUAAAAAUCUCAUUUUUAUUUACUAUCAUCAUUUUUCCAUCACGUGCAAGUUAGAUUUCUGCCUGGCUGAAGUGUGACAUGUGAAUCUAAUUUAAAAAUAAUUAGAAUUUCUCUACAAACAAUUCAUUAGAACUAUAACCGUGUCACUUUUUGGAAAUGCAUAACCUUCAUACUAUUCAGUCUCUGAACUAAUAUUAGCAAUAAUGUUGUCCCUUGUGUUUUCCUCAUCUAGUAAAAAUUAUGAGCACCUUCAAAAAGCAAUCAAUCAAUCAAUGGUAUGUAUUGAGAACUCACUAUUUGCAGAACGCUGAUUUAGGCACUUGGGAGAGUACACCAGAAUUAGUAGACACAUUUCCUGUCCAUAAUGAGUUUAGGAGAUUGCAAGUGCACUAUGACUGUGCUCUUCUUCUAGUACUGAGACUUUUUAUA